CGGAGUCGGAGUCGUGGUGACCAGCAGCAGGCAUCCUCGUUGUGUCCUCCUGGGAAAGAGGAAAGGGUCGAUUGGCGCUGGACGUUUCCAACUUCCCGGGGGUCACUUGGAGUUUGGAGAUGAACAAACAACGUGGUGGAUAAGUCAUGAGAAAAUCAAAGAAAAACAAGCUUUCAAGACAAUGGUCACUAAUACUGACUACCCAGCCCCUCAAGGAAGAAGAAUCGUAUCACCCAUCUGUCAGUAGAUUCAGUAAGAAAGAUUACAAAUUAAUAAGACAUCAAAGUCUUUUUGGCACUUAUGGAGAAAGGACAACAGAACUACAGCUUCUUUUAGAGGAGGCAAAAGAGAACUCAGUACCUCAACUGAUAAUGUACAACUGGAAAGUUGAAGGAGAUUUCAGAAACACUGAGGUUCUUGAGGAAAACGUAAAUGACUAUCCACUACUUCAGUGGGUAAAUCUGUUCCAUCAAAUGGGAAAUGCUAUCCUCAGUAAUAAAGGAAAAAAUCCAAUAUGCAAAGUUACAAAUUGGCUGACUCUAGAUGCAAGAGAAUUUCUAUUUAGUCUAAACUUUAACCUAAAUAACAAAUUACUUGAUUAUGCUAUCCCAAGUGAAGAGUACAUGAAUAUCAAGUAUAUGCAAUCCUGUAGGUACCAAAAGCAUCAGGAAAACACACUUCAGAUACACAACCAAGAAGCCAGAAGACCCAAAGGCAAGAUCUCAAGACUGACUACUGGGUUGUCCAAUGUCAGAAGAAAUUCUCAAAGACCAUUACCUUGGAUGGACAGGCUCAGAAAAACAGUUCCUGAACUUGGUGAACAUGAAAUAUAUACCAGGGCUACUCAGCAAAACAGAAAUGAUACAGUAAGUAAAGCUCAGAAAAGAAAUGAAUUUACUGAGCUCAAGAGCAGAAGGGUGAGAAGUAAUAGUUCAUUGGAUAUACUAAGGCAAAGAUUUGAAGUUCUAAGAACAAGACCUACUCAGAACAAAAGACAGCAGCCACAGUUUCCCAAAGAGGGUGUCACUUCUCGAAGACAAUGUAUUCUCAGAAAAAUUAAUCGCUAUCAUCCAUACCAUAUGGUUGGUCAAAAUAAACAAACAAUAAAGGACACUGUAAUUAAACUACUUUCACAUUCAGCAGCACCAUCAAGAUUCCGUAACAAAGAUGUCAGAAGCCAACCAAGUAUUAGACUUAGCCUUCAGGUAAGAAUUCUCCAAGGAGAAAUAGCUCAAAGGAAUAUUUCGAGCAGAACAUCCACAAUUCAAAGAACUGGAAAAAUUGGCUCAUACAGGAGCAGCAGAGGUAUUUCCCAGUUAAUCAUUAGUUUUUCUAAAUUCAGUGGAGCACAAACUUGUAUUAGAACUACAUGGCUACCUCUUCAAGGUAUUUCAGAGACUUGCUAUGGCAGAUCAAUGGUUCUAAAAGCACUGGUUAGGUUCAGCACACUGAGUUUUUCAAAUGAAAGUUGGUCCUAUUUAGAAAAGCAGUGGGCUAGGCAGCAUUCGUGGGAUGUUAAUUUGUUGUUUAAUAACUUAAAAAGAAUAACUCAACAUGAACUAAAUGAAGCUUUGAUCAGCUGUCCCAAAGACAAUAAUGUAGUACAGAACAAAGACAUCAAUAAUUUAACCGAAAACAUCAUACUACAAAUGCUCCGUCUGGCUAGUGUCUUUUUACUGAGAAAUAAUGCACGUAUUCAUUUGAGAGGACUAACUAAUAAUAAAGAAACCAACAAAGUCUUCAUCACAAAGUAUAAAACCAGCAAAGACAAAGAAGACAGAGCUUGCAUUAAUCCGUGUAAACAUUUACAUAGAGGCAAUACCCUAAGACAGCUGCCUUGUGCCUAUGAGUUUCUUACUCAUGGUACUCAUCACUGGCCAGCUGAAAAUUCCAUGUGCCCUAUUUGUCAUCAGAUACUAUCUGAGUCUAAUACAGUUUAAACAGUGGAUUAAACACAUAAGCCAUUUAAUAUCAUGUGUUCUGGUGUCU